AUGCCUGGAGAUGGAGAUGAAGUACCGCGUCUCCUUCGAGAUCGUCAUAUAAAAGCUGUUAGAGAUAAGUUUCAUCAGCCACCAACAGUCAAUGAACUACGAGCUAUCGAUGCACUUCCACUUGAAUUUCGAAAAAACCUCAACGACACCUCUCCAAAUGGUCAAAGAAUUUACGAAUUUUUGAGAGUAUUUGAGAAGACUGGCUAUGUUGAAGGACUUGAAGAAGCUGGGAGACUCCUAUGGGCUCAGAUAUUUGCGGAACCAGAUUUCAGCCAGGAGCCUAGGAGGGAACCAUUUUCAGCCGUCAGGAUUAUUGCGGCAUGUGGGAUCAGUGAAGUUAAAUACAGGUCCAGUCAACAUCCUACAAGAAUACCGAAAGAAGAACCCUUACAAUGGAGGUCUGCAGAGAAAGUGAUUUCCAUCAAUGCUACGUCAAAUGCUUUUGCUGGAUCUCCUCAGAAGCCUUGGAUGACAAGGGGUAUUUCGAUUUCACCAACUCCUCGACGUGCUAGUAUUUCAUCAGUUGAGAAUGACAAUAAAAACGAGUCUGCUAGUUAUCACUCCCAAUCUCCCGAUGCACAACCAUUCUCAUUACGAUUUGCACAGUUUGGUCAGCAACCUCAGAAUCACACAUCUACAUUUACCACCGCGGUUCCUGGAUGUCCGCCAAACACCAACGGUGGAGGUGUUUAUACGCCAUGGCCAUUGCAUCAAAAAGGUCAAGAACAUCAAUACGCAAGCCCAUAUUCUACCCAAGCCUCUACAACUUCUAUGCCGUAUGUCCCGAAAAGAAGAGAACCAGCACGGGACAUGAUUUCCCGUGCCAAUAUCCCUUCAAAUAUUGAUGGUGAAUCAAGAGUCCCAGUACAGCAACAAAGUUUCAAUUCCAAUUACACUCCAAAUUGGAAGAGUGAAUCGACAGAUAGUAACACAUCAAUGGGAAAUUCUCUCCAUGCCCAUCCAUUUAAUGACGCAGGCUAUCAAAAAAGACAUAUUACAAGCUCAACUGGCAAUAAAUAUGACCCUACGAGUCCUCACUUCCAUCCUGCAAUAUCAGCUGGGGGACAACAACUCUAUCUCUUACGCAAAGAAGAAGAGGAAAAUGAGCUUGCUCGCAUAACUUCGAAUACCCACCACUCGCUAUCAACACUGCGUGAUAAUCAGGGAGAUCAGCAAACUGAAUCGAGCUCUACAGUAGUAGCUGCUAAUGCACUAUCAAUUAUAUCCACUACUGGUCAUAGAACCCAACUUGCCACACCAAAUUCUUCUUCGCAGCAAAGUCCUUCGUCUGAUACUUCUGCUGUAGCACCAGGCCAAUCGAGUAACAACCCAUUUUUCAUUCGUGACGAUAUGGGGUUUAUACGUACGUUUCAACCUGAAUCUGGUUUAUCUAUCUCUAGUUCCACCACUACGCCAAUUGUGCCUUCGCCCAAAACCAUAAAAGGCAGAACCGCCUUUCCAGAUGUGGCCGGUCCUCAAUUUGGAAUUUCGAUUCCCGAAAACCCACUGCCCGGUACAAUCUUCAGCACUAGAACCCAAUAUGCCCACUCGGUUCACAACGCCAAGAAGAAUAGCACGAAGAAAGAAUUCAUUCCUACAGCUACAGUUUUUGCUCAACUAGAUGGAACAUCAGAUUCUGCAUCAAAUACCGACGUUCAAGCACAUUACAUUCCAGAUUUACCACCACAACAAGAAUCUUUCUACUCGAUCGCCUCCCCACACCGCUCCAUCGAACUCAUCCAUUUCGACCCCAUGAAAGAUUAUGACAAAGACGACGAUGCGUAUACAGAAGACCCGAUCUCUGUCUCCCGGGUCUCCAUCUCCCAUCCCGCUCAACCCCCAUACAAUCUCUUUCAUCCCAUUCCAACCCGUCCUUCACCGCCACCACCCCAUCUUCGUCUCCACACCCCAGAGUAUCUCCUCUUCCCACCCACAGCCGCUUCAUCCUCCAAGCAAAUCUGGCCACCACCUCGCCCCGAAAUAGAUGGCUACCAUCAAUACACCUUCGUACGCGACCGCAUCUCCUUCAACAUGAAAGCCAAACGUCGCACCGAAAUCGACCUCGAUACAGGGGAAUAUCGAUAUGGUAUGGAUAGUAAGGAGACGAGUCGGGGAUAUAAAAUGGAUGGGACGCGUAUCCGGACUAGUUCGCGAUAUUUUCAUAAGAAGAGGAUUGCGAAGAGAUCGAAGGAGAAGGUGGAGGAAGAGAGGGUGGAUGAGAUUGUGAGGAAGGUGGAGAGUGUGGAUAAGAGGGUUGAGGAGAUGAGGAGGGAAGAGAGAGAUGCGUUAUUGGGGUUGUUGGGUGGUGGGUUCUUGCCUCUGUGA